GAGGAGUCCGUGAAGGCAUCACCGCUGCACAUCACUGUUGUGUUGGUUGCUGCUGGCUCCCCUCUGUCUGUCCUCCAUUACACUUCGGUUCCAUCCCCGCUGUACGGCGCAGGCCCGAAGUAGCGCAGCCGCUCUGAGUUAUUUUACCAUUGAUCCCACGGUGCACACCUGGUGGCUGAAAAUGGAGGACCACGCUGUUGACCAGUCUCAACACAUGACCACCAUUGAAGCCAGCGCGGUUCACGUGACUACCUUCACUGAAACAUCCAUGAUGAGCGGUGAAGAAGACUCAACGUCCUCGCCAGACGACGAUCCUUACGACGACACAGAUAUCCUCAAUUCGGCUGGCACCGACGAGGUCACCGCCCACCUGGCUGCUGCAGGGCCAGUAGGCAUGGCAGCCGCUGCUGCUGUGGCGACUGGAAAGAAAAGAAAGAGGCCUCACAUCUUUGAAUCAAAUCCCUCCAUCCGCAAGAGGCAGCAGACCCGUCUGCUUAGGAAAUUGAGAGCCACACUAGAUGAGUACACGACUAGAGUGGGCCAACAGGCCAUAGUACUGUGUGUUUCUCCCUCCAAACCCAACCCAGUGUUCAAGGUGUUUGGUGCUGCUCCUCUUGAGAAUGUGGUGAGGAAGUAUAAGACCAUGAUGUUGGAGGAUUUGGAGAACGCUCUGGCUGAACAUGCUCCUCCAGGUGGAGACCUGGCCUCAGAACUACCUCCUCUCACUAUUGAUGGCAUCCCCGUCUCUGUGGACAAGAUGACCCAGGCCCAGCUGCGAGCAUUCAUCCCAGAGAUGCUGAAGUACUCAACAGGCCGAGGGAAGCCUGGCUGGGGUAAGGAGAGCUGCAAGCCAGUGUGGUGGCCAGAGGACAUUCCUUGGGCCAACGUCCGCAGCGAUGUCCGCACAGAAGAACAGAAACAGAGGGUGUCUUGGACGCAGGCAUUGCGGACCAUUGUGAAGAACUGCUACAAGCAGCAUGGCCGUGAGGAUCUGUUGUAUGCUUUUGAAGACCAGCAGAUUACCACGGUAUCCACGACCCAGCACCAUCUGACCGCGGCGCAGAGCAUCGCACACCUCGUGCCCUCACAAACUGUGGUACAGACCGUCAACAACCCAGAUGGAACAGUCUCACUCAUUCAGGUUGGCACAGGACACACAGUUGCCACUCUGGCAGAUGCCUCAGAGCUGCCUGGUGUGACGGUGGCACAGGUUAACUACUCCACUGUGACUGAUGGAGAGGUGGAGCAGAAUUGGGCCACCCUCCAGAGCGGGGAGAUGACCAUCCAAACCACUCAAGCAUCUGAGGCAACACAGGCUGUAGCAUCCCUGGCAGAAGCCGCUGUCGCUGCCAGUCAAGAGAUGCAGCAUGGCACCACUGUCACGAUGGCGCUCAACAGUGAGGCAGCAGCUCACGCUGUGGCGACAUUGGCAGAAGCCACACUACAAGGUGGAGGGCAGAUCGUGCUGGCAGAGACAGCAGCUGCUGUCGGGGCUCUAGCAGGGGUCCAGGAGGCCACAGGCUGGCGUUCUGUGAAGCUGUACAAACAGGAGGGAAACGAAGGCUUUGUUCAAACUACAGUCUUUCCGUCAGGCCUGGUCCAGAUCCCGGUCAGCAUGUAUCAGACUGUGGUCACCAGUCUCGCACAGGGCAACCGGCCCGUCCAGGUCGCCAUGGCACCGGUCACGACGCGCAUCGAUAACACCGUCACUCUGGACGGCCAGGCAGUGGAGGUCGUGACCCUGGAGCAGUGACACUUUGGACCUCGGGAGGAAUAGACGGCGCUGACAUCGGCCACUUCUGAGAUUUGUUUGCCCUACUGUUUUCCACGACAUCAUGCUGUGUAUAAUGUCAAAUAUAUUUUUUAAAUUUACUUCCACAGGGGAGGUAAAAAAAAAAAAAGAAAAAAAGAAAAAGAUCUAUCAGUGCAUUGUGUUAAAUAUGUAAAGGUUUUUUUGUUUUUGGGGGGGGUGUAAGUUUUUUUUCCUUCAUUUCCUUCACGUUUUUUAGAGCCUGUGAUGUUGAGUAUUUAGUAUUUAUUUCCUUCCAAGUAAACCUUUUACUUUAAAGCAAAGACGAACCAAAAAGCCUGGGAUGAAAGCCACCAGUCCUUCAAUGUGUCACCCAUCACUGUUCAGGAUUAUGUACAUGAUCCAUGUGCGCGUACGUUCUGUUUUCAUGACACAUUCACAAGUCAGCGCUAAAGUUAAGUCACCCACACUUGUUUUCUCCUCACGGUCGAUGAUAAAGUAUUAUAUUGAAGUACCAUCCCAUCUUGUCGUGUGCUUUUUUCCUUGUGCUGUGUCACAUACGAUUUUUGAAGACUCAGGAUUUAUGUCGAUGUUUUUUUUUUCACUGCUGGAUUUCUGAGCAUUGAUAGGAGCAGGUCCUUGGAAUUGUUUUGGGUUGUUUUUUUUUUGUUGUUUUUUUUUUACAUGAACUGGUUUAUGGAUUUGUGAUCGUUAUCACUUUGUACUUUAUAUCACAGGAAGUGGAUCAUGCUUGGUCAAGAACUGCAGUAUUUAUUAUAAAACAAACACAUCACAAAACAAUGUUUUUAAUCCUAUGACGGAAAUAAUUGCUUGCAACAAAUCAACUUAGUUUGAAACAGCUGUAAAAAAAAAGAAAAAAAAAGUGUGUUCCUCACUCACCAAACUUCUGUUUUUGAGAAAAUAAAGUCUAUCUAUAGACGGGCUGCUGUUCACCACUCA